AUGGAAGCUUACACCGGGGACUCAGACCCCAGCGAUCAUUUGUCUCGAUUCAACCGAGUAAUGACGGUUAUGAGGGUUAGUAAUGACGCCAAGUGUUUAUGCUUUCCACUAACUUUGAGCGAUUUCGCGGAGGAAUGGUUCAAAAAAAUGGAACUAGGAUCUGUGGAUUGCUGGAACAAGUUGCAAGUUAGUUUUUGGAGACAGUUUGUCGCGGCGAGAAAGAUUAACCUCGAAGUGAGCGCCUUGACUAACAUCAAGAAACUACCCACGGAAACCUUGAAGAAUUUUAUAAAGAGGUUGAAGGAAGAAGCCUCAAAAACCAAGAAAGUCGAUGACAGACAACAGCUUGCACUUCUUCAAGCCGGAAUCCGUACAGGAACCCCAUUUUGGAAUGAAAUACAACAGGAUGUAGCUGCUAACCUCCGAGAUUUCUAG